AUGGCGACACAACCAUUACGAAAAUACGAACUCGCACCACCAAAGAACUUGGCGCCUUUACACACGACUAGCGAUUUGGGUUAUCCUGAUUUCUAUCCUACCAACCCUGGGCAAGAUGAAGACCAGAUGACAGAACAUAAUGUUCGUAACGGCUUUACUAAUUUGCCGUUUGUUUCAACUGAACACGUUUCCGCCAGAAAUAUGUUAUCUAUUAGAGACCCAAAGAAUUUAAAAAACCUUAGCGAUUUUAUGACUGAUAUAAUGAAGAGAAAGAGAGAAAUAAAUACAUUAAAAGGUUCUUCUUCAUAUACAGUUACAGUUCCACAAACAGUAUGGGAUACUCAAUCUCGGGACCGUUGGAUAUCACAACUUGCUUCCAAUGUUCCGCUACGAACAUUAGCCAAGACCGUUCCAAAAGGGGUAGAGGGAAUUAAUUUAUUGGAUGUCGUUACUACUCAUAAAGUACCAUUGGCGAAAGCCACAUGGUUCACUAAAAUAGUUGGAAUUAAUUUAAGAACGGCA